AUGGUGAAUCAGACUAACAUCAAGUGUGCUGCUACCAACCUGAAGCUCUUCCUGGUGAAGAAGAGCGACGCCUGGUUGCCGCACAACGAAAACCUGGACAUGUUGCUUCAAAGCAAAAUCGAUACUUCGUCAUAUUUGCGCAUGCGUGGGUCGUGGAAGCUAAGCAGACCAGAACUUUUUGGGCCUGGCGUAUCGCUCGACGAGUUUCGACUCGACAGUCUGUCUACAACGCGACAGAGUGUCGACCCAAUUGUGAUGACACCUACCGUGCACAAGAUCUGGAAGGGAUUCGGCGAAUUCCCACCAUACUAUUUCGUUCGGAUGGAACAAGUGGUGUUCUGGAAGGUAAUCAAGAAACUGUUGUUCGGCGAGGAUCGCGUUGUGAUAGUAGGCUCACCAAGUGUAGGAAAGUCCUGCUUUCUUAUGCUGCUUCCGUUCUACCGCGUGUUUCGAAAAGAGAAAGAUGAAGCCGAGGACGCGAAGAACGAGGUUAUCGAAGCUGGUCUGCGCAAGAUCAAGCGGCAGAACACACCAUGGCCAAAACUUGUUAAGAAACAGUAUUUCUACAGUGGUGGGAGUUUGCGAAGUGCCAGCUUCCAUCGAGUCCCGGAACACCUGGAGCCUGAAGCAAAUUGA